AUGGAUUGGAAAAUUUUAUGUCAGUUGAGAAAAAUCGCCAGAGACCAUGAAGCUGCAAAUGCGAGACAUAGUGGAUGUAGCGGCGAAAGAAGGCGCAGGGAUUUUGUGCACCUCGUCUUUCACGAGGGUUUGAAUGUGCCCAGCUAUCUAUUAUCGAGACUGUUCAAACCUAAUCUGGUCUCUCUUCUCUCGGCCUCGUCGGACGGUGUAAUUCAAUGCCUUCCAUGCGACGCUGGAACUUUGGUCUGUGAUAAUGUACAUAUCAACACAUCACGCGCUUUCUCGGAGGACUCGAUCAAUCCUUCAGAUCUGUCAGCAGUUUACAAAUAGCAAUUUUCUUGUGCAUGGUUGAGGUCAAAUGGAGGACGAAACCACAUAGUCAGGAUUCCUUCAAUUUCAAUGCUUUCGGGUUACAUGUAGUUAUUUUCUAACGCUUUCUGAAACAUCAUAAAAAGAACAAAUAUAUAUUUAAAAGGUUGUUUCAAUUGUU